CUGUACUCGGUCGGUACAGUACUUAGCAAGGAUCGAGAGAAGUGCCCCUCGUCUUGACCCAAACCCAAUUUUGCCCCGCAUUUCCUGCCGGGUCAAAAUUGUUUGACGACUCCAACCCCACCAUCAACAGAAAGAGAGAGAGACCCCAAGUCCUCGCUAAGCCAACAAAAUUCAAUCACCAACCAAACAACCCGGAGUCUUUCUUCUUCGAGGUUCCGCCUUACCAUCUGCCCAAACUGUUUUCCCUACGAGCCGCCGCACGCCCAGCAGCAGCCCUGCGAAGCGUCUCUCCCCUGCGCCAAGUCUCGUCCCGGCCGCUCAACGCCAUCUCGCUGUCCAACCCGCGCAUCAUGGCCGCCCUCGACGCGCAAAAGUACACCCCCACCGAGGAGUCCGAGAUCCAGGCGUGGCUCGACAAGGCCGCCUCCAUCAAGGCUGGUGCUUCCGACGCCCUCCUCGACUCCCUCAAUGCCGACCUCGCGACCCGCACCACCGCCAUCGGCACCAAGCCCAGCAAGGCCGACGUUGCCCUGUACGAGUCACUCGCCCCGCUCGUCAAGUCCUGGACCCCGGAGCAGCGCACCGGCCAGAACGGCCGCCCCAACAUCGUCCGCCUCGUCGAUUUCGUCCAGAACAGCCCGCUCUUCGGCCUCAACGUCGCCGACGCCGACAAGGUGCAGGUCGAUGCCGAGGAGAUCCUCUACGUCAAGCCGCCCGUCGACGCCAAGGCCGAGAAGGAGCGGCUGAAGAAGGAGAAGGCCGCUGCUGCUGCUGCGGCGGCGGGGGGCGUCGGCGCCGAUGGAGACAACAAGACGCUCGUGGAUCGGACAAAGGAAGCCGCCGGUGUGGUGGCGGACGAGGCCGCCGAGGUGAAGGACAAGGCGGCGGCGGCGGUCGCGGGAGAGGCCGGCGCGGCCGCCAAGAAGCAGAAGAAGGAGAAGAAGGAGCGGGCGCCCAAGCAGCCGGCGGCCCCGGCGGCCCCGGCGGUGCUGUCUCCCUGCCUGAUCGACCUCCGCGUCGGCCACAUCCUCAAGGCGAUCAAGCACCCCGAGGCCGACUCGCUCUACGUCUCGAGCAUCGCCAUGGGCGACGCGCCCGGCACCGACGACACGUCCGAGUACGAGGGCCAGGUGGUGCGGACCGUGUGCUCGGGCCUCAACGGGCUCGUCCCGCUCGAGGAGAUGCAGGGCCGCAAGGUGGUGGUGGUGUGCAACCUGAAGCCCGUCAAGAUGCGCGGCAUCAAGUCGGCCGCCAUGGUCCUCGCCGCCUCGCCCCGCGUCAAGGAGGGCGAGGCCGACGACCACAAGGGCCCCGUCGAGCUGGUCAACCCGCCAGCCGAUGCCAAGGCCGGCGAGCGCGUCUUCUUCGAAGGCUGGGAGGGCGAGCCCGAGAAGGUGCUCAACCCCAAGAAGAAGAUCUGGGAGACCUUCCAGCCCGGCUUCACCACCACGGACGAUCUCGAGGUCGCGUUCGACGCCGGCGUGGUCGAGGCGCUGGAAGGCAGGACCGGGUUGGGGAGGCUGGUGACGGCCAGCGGCGGCGUCUGCAAGGUCGUCUCACUCAAGGGAGCUCAGGUGCGGUGAGGUACGGUCUGACUAUCCAGCCAGGUUAUCAUAUAAGUGAGGGUAGAUCUAGAUACCGGCACGAUGGGGAAUUAUCAAACAACGGAAAGUGUUGGACCGCAUGUUUGUCAGGAGGAAGAAAAAGAAAUAGAACAUGUGUACGGAGCUACCCGUACGAUGCCGAAACAAACCAAUCCUCUCCCCACCAGAUCGCAAUUCUUUC